GGGUUUCUCGGUUCGGGUCAUAGAAUCCAUCUCUCUCUCGGAUAUUUCUUCUGUAGAACUCCGUCAUCUACCUAAAGCAAAGUGUGAAAAGAGAGUGCUUUUUCUGAAAUAAACAGAAGAGAAGUGGCACUUUACCAGUCUCCGACCACUAAUAAAGCUUUAAUCGACUGUUCUUGCACCUCAAUUUCAUUGCAUUUUGAUCUCUUCUUGAUGCCAUUAUCUGAUCAUUUCAAUUGGGUAUCUUCAAAAACACAAAAGAUUACAACUUUUUAUCUUCUUUACCCUGAUUUUCAGCUCCAUUUUGAUAAAUAUUAAUUCUUUUGUAAAAUUAAGCUUAAGGAUCCAUCUGGGUACGCUUUAAAAUCUGUAAUUUUUGCCAUUCAAGAACCUCAAAUGCCUCCUCCACAAAGUGUUGCCUCUUUAUCCGGUUCAACGCUAUUUCCUAUGAGUAUAGGUCAUGGCUCUACUCGGUUCACCAAAUUCUCUCAUUUGAGUACAGAUACAAUUAAUUCUUUCUGUUAUAAACAGAGAAAGGUUGGUUGUUCUUGUGUGGCUCCUCCUCCAAGAAACAUAAGCAGCGAUGCUGCCAGAUACAAUGAUUCGUAUAAGUCUGAGCAGUUGGGGAAAGUAAUGGAAUUGGAGGAUGAUUCUGAUUCCGAUGUGCUUAUCGAAUGCAAGGAUGUGUAUAAGUCAUUUGGGGAAAAGGAUAUAUUGAGAGGUGUGAGCUUCAAGAUUAGACAUGGUGAAGCAGUUGGAAUAAUUGGUCCUUCAGGUACUGGGAAAUCUACGAUAUUGAAAAUUAUGGCAGGACUUCUUGCUCCGGACAAGGGUGAGGUGUAUAUCCGAGGAAAGAAGAGAGAUGGUUUAAUCAGCGAUCAGGAUCUGUCGGGGCUUCGGAUUGGAUUGGUGUUUCAAAGCGCAGCACUUUUUGAUUCUUUGACUGUACGUGAAAAUGUUGGUUUCCUUUUAUAUGAAAACUCAACUAUGAUGGACGAACAAAUCUCAGAGCUGGUGCAGGAAACAUUGGCGGCCGUGGGAUUGAAGGGAGUGGAGGACCGAAUGCCUUCUGAGUUGUCUGGUGGAAUGAAGAAAAGGGUUGCCUUAGCUCGAUCAAUAAUUUUUGAUAUCACAAAGGAGUCAAUAGAGCCUGAGGUGCUUUUGUAUGAUGAACCAACUGCGGGGCUCGAUCCAAUUGCUUCUACUGUAGUAGAAGAUCUCAUCCGCUCUGUCCAUACGAAAGGUGAGGACGAAGUUGAGAAGCCAGGGAAAAUUGCAUCUUACGUGGUUGUCACUCAUCAACAUAGUACCAUUAAGAGGGCAGUUGACAGGUUGUUGUUUCUGCAUAACGGAAAAAUUGUUUGGCAAGGGAUGACCGAUGAAUUCACCACAUCAACUAAGCCCAUUGUUCGACAGUUUGCAUCAGGCAGCCUAGAUGGACCCAUCAAAUAUUAGAAUGUUAAACCACGGAAUUGUGGUGCAAUGGAAUUCCAGGGUGAGACUUCUAGGAGAGUUACGCUUGCAAAUACUUGCGACUUUCAGGAUCCGAAACUUGUGCAUGUUUAUACUAACUGUCUAAAGCUCUCGAGUUUAAAACAAAUCAAAUGUGUUCUUUGGAGUGCCAUCUUGAUUUAGAAUAGCCAGCUUCUACAAUAUAUGCGGCUUCAAAUUGUACUGAUAAUUAUUCUUUUCAGGUCCCAUUAUAGUAGGCAAAGAUAAACACACUUUAGAGACUGUAAUAAUUUUGAUAGUAAUUUUCACAGUUUAUAGCAUUAAUUCAAAGAUGUCCAUUUUGCA